AUGGCGUUGGUUCCGCAUGAGCCAGCAGGCUUUUCAAAGUCUACUUUGUAUGAUGGGCUGAAGUUGGUCAUGGUUCCACUCAACGAAGAGGAAGAAGAAGUGCAAAUGGAUCCGGAGAAGGGGCCGCUGGUUCUGCAACUUGAUGGCACUCUGACACAUCUCCAGACCGUCCGUGGUAUUGCAGGAGGUGGUCAGAUUGGUGAGAAGCUUUGGCCACAGAUGACCUCGACAGAGCAGACAUGUGCGCUGUACAUCUGUGCGAAGAAAAAUCGCUACAUCAAGGAUCGGCUGGAACAUGAAAAGUAA